AUGCGUAGCGCAGCCUCGCAGCACCUCUCGCGGGCUCUAAGGAGCACUCGUUCCUCAGAUGUAUCACAAAUAGUUCGCCGCUCUGCACCCUUCCGGAGCCAUCAUCAACCAGCCAGACUACCAGCCAUCACCGCCUCACAGGCGCAACAUAGACCCGCGCUAAGAUCCGGUGCAUAUAUUGGCGGUUUACAGUCUCGAAGCAUAUAUAUCCAGACUCAGUCGACACCGAAUGCAUCGGCGUUGAAGUUCCUCCCCAACCACAAUGUCCUCCCACAAGGAUUUCCCUCGAGCUUCCUCGAAUACACCUCUCCGCGCGCCACGCUAGCCGCGCCGCAUCCGUCACCCCUAGCCUCGAAGCUACUCGACGUAGAUGGCGUUUCGUCGGUAUUCUACGGACCGGAUUUCAUCACGGUCACCAAAGCAGAAGAUGUGAACUGGGCACACAUCAAGCCUGAGGUGUUUAGCUUGAUCACGGAGGCCAUCACGGCCGGGGAGCCCAUUGUGAAUACGGUGGACAGGACAACUGCUGCAGAUGGACAAGAAGGAGUGGGGGAAGAUAGUCUGGCGGCGAACGACGACGAUGACGAAGUGGUCGCAAUGAUCAAGGAGCUGCUGGAGACGCGAAUUAGACCUGCCAUUCAAGAAGACGGAGGAGAUAUUGAGUUCCGUGGCUUUGAGAACGGUCUGGUGAGUUUGAAGUUACGGGGAGCAUGUCGGACUUGUGAUUCCAGUACGGUCACACUCAAGAAUGGUAUCGAGUCCAUGUUGAUGCACUAUAUCGAGGAAGUGAAAGGGGUCAAUCAAGUAUUGGAUGAAGAGGAAGAAAUUGCCAUGAAGGAAUUCGAAAAAUUCGAAGAAAAGCUCCGGCAACAGAAAGGACCCGAUGCGGCUCCUUCGACUGUGGGCAAGGGCAGCCUUGAUUUCGCUGAAUAA